UUUAGGUCUUCCGCUUCAGCUUUCUUUGCGCUUGUGUACCAAAGUGGCACUGUCACUAGUGACAGGGCGCGUCAGGUCCAGUCUACAUUGUCUAGUAACCUCAAUAGUGGCGUCGCAGCGGGGUUUAUUGACAUUUCUGGCGUCUUAUUGCUAGCUAACAGUUAGCAUCUUCGACUUUCCACACUUUGACGCCAGGAUGCUCUAACCUGGUUUAACGCGUAUGCUGUGGUUUCUGUUUCGUUUAGCUGAAUUAGUCGCGUUUAGUGCUUAUUUGGCAGGAUUGACUGCAGCCCAGCGUUAGCAACAUGGGUGCAGAGCAAAGCGGGGAUGCGGAGCACAAAGCUUCCGAUUACAGCUCGUCUGUUGUUCCCUCCCCUGCCAAGCAGAAAGCCAAGAUGGAUGACAUUGUCGUUGUGGCCCAGGGGACUCAGUCAAUGCGGAAUAUCCACAAUGACCCUGAUGUCAUAAAGCUUCAGGAGAUUCCCACUUUUCAGCCACUUUUAAAAGGAGUUCUGAGUGGACAGACGUCGCCAAGCAGCGUGUGUCUGGAGCGUUUGGACUCCGCCCAGGUUCUGCAGCUCUGUGUCCGGUACCAAGAUCACCUGCAUCAAUGCGCAGAGGCUGUUGCCUUCGACCAGAAUGCCCUUGUUAAAAGAAUCAAAGAGAUGGACUUGUCUGUGGAGACGUUGUUCAGCAUCAUGCAGGAGCGCCAGAAACGCUACGCCAAGUACGCUGAGCAGAUCCAGAAGGUCAACGAGAUGUCGAUGAUCCUGAGGCGCAUCCAGAUGGGCAUAGACCAGACGGGGCCGCUGAUGGAGCGCCUCAACAACAUGCUGCCAGAGAGCGAGCGCCUGGAGCCCUUCAGCAUGAGGCCGGACUCGGAGCCCAGCAAGUAGCCUGAUGUGGAAAUCCUGAACUGAUUUGGUCAAAUCAUGGUGUCGUGCUGCUCCGCUUUCGGAUGGAGGAAGAUGUUUUUGCCUUGAAGAGAUUCUUGGAAUCUGGUGGAUGACUUCCUCUCAUCACAACUCUCUGCUUCUGGCUCUGACCAACUCUUGUUGAACAGAUGCUCUUCUUCAAGUGUCGUGUUUAAGUGCAGAUCAUCUGCUGCAGCAGCCCGAGCGGAUUAUUGCUAAUCCCAUCCCUGUGGAGAACAAAAUGGGAAAUCUUCCAGGCACAUCUCGGUUCAUCUGAAGAGGCUUUGGAACAGAUAUGAGGUGUUCGCUCCAAAACGUGUCAAAGUAGAACAAGCGUGAAGCAGCAUGAAAAUAUCCUCCUGUCAAUGUUUUUUUGCAUGUGGCGGCAGAUCCUUUACUCCAACAGCUGUUAGAUAUCUGGAAUAGUUUGAUCCAAAAACCCAGCAUCUUUGACUCCACACUCGUGUCUUCUGGCGAAGCUUUACUCUUUGGACAAAUUGUUGAUUUAUCAUGCCAGAAGUGAACAAAUCAAGAAAGCACGGAACUGGGACCUCAGUGAGCAAGUUUUAGAAGUAUUUAUGAUGGAACUCCUGCGCACUCAUUGCCACCACGAAGAAUAGAGCAGCACCACCUUAAACAUCACUGUAGCUCACCAACCCAUUAGAUUUAAAAUGAAUUGACUUAUUUUAACCAGUCGUGCUGAGACGUUGUUGUUUCACUGGUUACAUGACACCGAAAGAGUCACAUGAAAAGAGAGUAAUGUUUUUCUGCAUUUUGUCGGUGGGGUUCUUUACCUUCCCUGUCAUGGUUUCCUUUGUUUUUGUUUUGUUGAAAACUCCAUUAAUAGUUGGUUUUCAUCCAUCUUCAUGUCUCCUACCAACUGGAAGUCCAGGUGAUUGUUUAGUAGCACGUUUGAAGUGGUGUUACCACAGAGGUUUAAAUGAAUGACUCAUUUCUGUCUGUAAAACUCUGGAGAAUCAGUCCGCGAAGUGAAAGAGCUCCGGAGUGGAAAGCUGAAAUUCUCCAACUUCUUCAGAUGAAGUACCUGAAAUAGCACAACUCCAUCUCCCUGACACACUGUUUACUAAGACAGGGAAUGACUUGCCUCUGUCCUUCUGGCCAGGUGAAUAUUUGGUCAGAAGUGUUUGUGUUUAAGGUUAGAAAAGAAUAAAAUCCACACAUUUGUUUUGGUUAAA